GCGUCCUGAUGCACAGGGGGUAUCCUCUGGACCUGUUUAUGGCCCAAUGCUACGGCAACACCAGCGACCCCGGAAAAGGUCGUCAGAUGCCGGUGCAUUAUGGCUGCAAAGACUUGAACUUCGUCACCAUCUCCUCCCCGCUGGCCACCCAGAUCCCACAAGCGGUGGGGGCCGCCUACGCCUUCAAGCGGGCGAAUACGAACCGGGUGGUCAUCUGCUACUUCGGCGAAGGGACGUCCAGCGAGGGGGACGCCCACGCGGGCUUCAAUUUUUCUGCCACCCUCGAGUGCCCGGUGAUAUUUUUCUGCCGGAACAACGGCUACGCCAUCUCCACUCCCACAUCCGAACAAUACCGGGGCGACGGAAUCGCCGCCCGGGGUCCCGGUUACGGCAUCCAAUCCAUCCGGGUGGAUGGCAACGACGUCUUUGCCGUGUAUAACGCCACCAAGGAGGCCCGGCGCAGAGCCGUUGCCGAGAACCAGCCGUUCCUCAUCGAGGCCAUGACCUACAGGAUCGGGCACCACAGCACGAGCGACGACAGCUCCGCCUACCGCUCGGUGGACGAGGUCAACUACUGGGACAAGCAGGACCACCCUAUCUCACGGCUGCGUCACUACAUGGCCAACCGGAACUGGUGGGACGAGGAGCAGGAGAAAAGCUGGCGGAAGAAAUCGCGCAAGCGGGUGAUGGAGGCCCUCGAGGAGGCCGAGCGGAAGCUGAAGCCCAAACUGCAGUUCCUCUUCUCCGACGUCUACAGCGAGAUGCCCUGGCACAUCGCCAAACAGCAGACUUCCCUGGAGCGCCAUCUGAAGCAAUACGGGGAACACUACCCUCUGGCUCAGUUCGAGAAAUGAAUCUCGGCCUAGCGCGGGGGACGCCUUCCUCACAUCCCACUUCCUCCCCCAAUUCCUCGGGUUGCCCUCCCCUUUUCUCCAGGGUGCCAGAUGGGCCCAUAAGAGCCGAGGUGGCGCAGUGGUUAAACGCAGCACUGCAGGCUACUUCAGCUGACUGCUAGUUCUGCAGUUCG